AUGGAUGCUGUACAACUGACAGACGAUCCACGCAAAGUGGCUGAGACUAACGACAGCAGAGAGGAGGUGCCUCCUCCUCCAUACAACACAGAAGAGGCUCAUGGGACAUCGCCUCCGCUUCCAAUAGGACAACACGGGUCUCAGUCUUACCAACCAGGGCUUCAACAAUUGCCUCAAUAUGGUCAACCAGGGGCUCAACAAGGGCCUCAAUAUGGUCAACUAGGGCUUCAAUAUGGCAAACCAGGGCCUCAAGAACCCCCACAAUAUAGCCAACAACAAACCUUCGCCCCACCUGCGUACCCAGUGACAAACCAGAAGGCUGUCAUUACAACUCAACCAAUCCAAACAGGGAUAGUUGUCUCCCAGAAUUCCCCACCACCAGACUACCUUACCUGGUCAAUUCUCACAAUAUUUUGCUGUUGCUGUUGUAUUGGUAUCGCAGCCUGUACGGCAUCUAUUCAAUCAAGAGAAUCUGCCCAGGCAGGAGACAUGGAGAAUGCUAAGAAGAAAAGUGUCACUGCGAAAACGCUCAAUAUUGCUGGUUUUUUCUUUGGAAUUGUUGCCUCUGAGAAAGUGAUGGAUACUAUACAAUUAAUAGACGACUCACGCAAAGAGGCUGAGCCUAUUGACAGUAGAGAGGAAAUACCUCCUCCAUACGGCACGGGAGGGGCUUCUAGGACAUCAUCUACACUUCAACAGCAAUAUGGUCAACAAGGGCCUCUGUCUGUCCAACCAGGGCUUCUGUAUGGCCAACCAGGGGCUCAACAAGGGCCUCGAUAUGGCCAACCAGGGCCUCGAUAUGGCCAACCAGGGGCCCAGCAAGGGUUUCAAUAUGGCCAAGCAGGCCCUCAGUACAUGUAUGACCAACCAGGGACCCAGCAAGGGCCUCGAUAUGGCCAACCAGGGCCUCGGUAUAGCCAACCAGGGGCCCAGCAAGGGUUUCAAUAUGGCCAAGCAGGCCCUCAGUACAUGUAUGACCAACCAGCGGCUCAACAAGUGCCUCAAUAUGGCCAACCAGCGGCUCAACAAGUGCCUCAAUAUGGCCAACCAGCGGCUCAACAAGUGCCUCAAUAUGGACGACAAGCGCAUAAACAAGGCCCAGGAUAUGGUCAGACAAACCAGGCUGUCAUCACAACUCAACCAAUCGAAACAGAGAUAGCUGUCUCCCAGAAUUCCCCGCCACCACCAGACCACCUUGUCUGGUCUAUUCUCACAACAUUUUGCUGUUGCUUUUGUCUUGGUAUUGCAGCCAUUGUGACAUCUAUUCACUCAAGAGAUUAUGCACAGGAAGGAGACAUGGAUAAAGCUCGGGAGAAAAGUACCACUGCGAGAAACCUAAAUAUUACUGGUUUGGUCAUUGGAAUUAUUGUCUAUGUUAUUGCUGUGGUGCUCAGAUUUGCUGUAAGUGGGGUACACUACAAAUACUACGACUACUGAACUAAGAGUAUACCCAAGACGACAAAAAUAUUGGUAAAUUUGCCUCGCCUGCCUCGUGCCUGGCUACUUCAAAGUAAAAUAUGGGUUUCAAACAGACUCUGGUUCUUAAAACUGAUGUAAUGUAUAAGAUUAGUAGCUUUUUCAUAUAUAGCCUAGUAAAGAAACAGACAACAGAAUAUGCUAUACUAUUUUGCGUAUAUGUAAAUAUUCAAAAACAUUAAUACAGGGUUAGCCAAAAAAGGUAACCAAACAAACGUAUGUUAAUAACUCAGUCAUUCAUCAUGGGUUUUAAAGUUAUAUUUAGCACAAUUAAACCGUGUUCAAUAUUCCUUCAUUCUACCAAGUUUUAUGGGCACUGGUCCCAACCUGGUUAUAAACAAAAUGGUUGAACUUCCGCCGGAGGAAAUUUUUAUUUUCACCA